UCAUGUGUGAUUGCCAAUUAUCCAGAACAACGGAUUCCGAUCGAGCUGUAAAGCCCAGAUCUAUUUUGAAAGUUAAGCCGAACAAUGUUCAUGACGGUCAUGUCGCGGCCACAUCAAUAAAUGAUACCUGCCUGAGAGUGACCCCUGCUACGGCCAUCAUGCAAAGUGCAGCAAAUGCCGGCUUGGUUCCAAUGAUUCGGUCGCCAAUGGAUUCAGUUACUUGUUCAGGAAAUAAGUCAAAGAUUAAUACACUUGACAUCAAUGAAGUAAGUUUUUAGUCAUAUUAUUCUCCUUUUAUAAAUUUUGAAAAUAUUUUUGUUUAAUAUCUUAGGUAUGUAAGACAUUAACUGACGGAAGAGAAGUCCAAAAACCUGAGGCAGACAAACUAACCGAACUUUCGACAAGUUCCGGCGAAAUUCCUAAUAUGACUCCAUUUUCAGCCGAAGAGAUGGCAUCUGCCGUUUCUGAGCUUGCAAAACUCAAGAAAAUACCCAUCACAGUAUACAUGAAAGACGGAGGAGCUAAACUUGAAGAAAAAAUUCGGGCGCUAUCUGAAAGAAUUGAUUUCACUCGUAAAAAUGGAUUUGCCCCAUCACAACUUUCACUGGCUGUGAGCUCCCCUGCCAUGGCUCGACUAAAAAUUCAGAAGCAGUUGCAAAUCGAUCAGCAUCGGGAAAAAAUGUCUGCGGAGCAAAUAGUUUUCAAAAAUUUUCAUCGGUCCUUGGCGAACCGUCCCAAACCAUCGGACAAGGAAGUCACUACAGCACAACUAACGGUUUCGCUUUUGCCGCAUCAAGAGACGGGAUUAAAAUGGCUUUUAUUCCGUGAAAACGAAGAUCCCGCAGGUGGCAUUCUGGCCGAUGAUAUGGGCAUGGGGAAAACCAUAAUCCUCAUUGCGUUGAUCCUUCGACACAAGGAAUUAGCUGUAACUUCACUGAGUGAAACAUCUUACAACACAGCUGCAAUGAAUAGAUGUACAGGAACAUUAAUUGUUUGCCCUCCUAGUUUCGUAGGUCAAUGGGAAGAUGAAAUCCAUCGUCGCUGUAAAAAGAACUGUUUAAAGGUUGCCAUUUAUCACGGGUCUUAUCGCAACCAAUUGGAUUCUAAAUUACAUCAGUAGGUACGAUGUAGUCAUAACGACUUAUCAA